AUGGAAAUGAAUGGUCAUGCAGAAGAGAACCUUAAUGAUGGACUUGGCAUUACCGAGCUCUUUGAAAAAGGAGAAGGACUAACUUACAGUGAUUUUAUUCUACUUCCUGGUUUUAUCGACUUUACAGCUGAAAAUGUGGAUUUAACAUCUCAACUGACCAGAAAUAUCACUUUGAAAGCACCUCUUGUCUCUUCACCAAUGGAUACAGUUACUGAAGCUGACAUGGCAAUUGCAAUGGCUCUCUGUGGUGGCAUUGGUAUCAUUCAUCAUAACUGCACACCAGAAUAUCAAGCUAAUGAAGUUCAUAAAGUAAAAAAAUACAAGCAUGGUUUUAUUCGCGAUCCAAUGGUGAUGUCGCCUCAAGAUACUGUGGCUGAUGUACUUGAAGCAAAGAAGAAGAAUGGUUUUACAGGCUAUCCCAUCACUGAAAAUGGCAAACUUGGUGGGAAAUUGGUUGGUAUUGUCACAAGUCGUGACAUUGAUUUCCGUGAAAAAGAUCAGCAUUUAAAAUUAGAGGAUGUAAUGACUAAAUUAGAAGACAUGGUUACUGCUCCCAAAGGUAUAAAACUCGAGGAAGCAAAUAAAAUUCUCGAAAAAAGUAAGAAAGGAAAGUUGCCAAUUGUGAAUAAUUCUGGUGAACUUGUUGCGCUCAUCGCUCGAACUGAUUUGAAGAAAGCAAGGAUUUAUCCUAAUCAAUCAAAGGAUAGUAAUAAACAAUUGCUCGUUGGAGCAGCAUUAGGAACAAGAGAUGAAGAUAAAAUCCGUCUUGACCUUCUUGUUCAAAAUGGAGUGGAUGUCGUUGUACUUGACUCAUCUCAAGGCAAUAGUAGCUUUCAAAUUGAAAUGAUAAAAUAUAUCAAAAGAACUUACAAAGAUCUCCAAGUGAUUGCUGGAAAUGUUGUAACUCGAGCUCAAGCCAAAAAUCUUAUAGAUGCUGGAUGUGAUGCUUUACGUGUUGGAAUGGGAAGUGGAUCGAUUUGCAUCACACAAGAGGUAAUGGCAUGCGGGUGUCCUCAAGCUACAGCUGUUUAUCAAGUUGCCAAGUAUGCUCGACAAUUUGGUGUACCGAUUAUUGCUGAUGGUGGCAUUCAGAAUAUCGGACACAUUAUAAAAGCUUUGAGUCUUGGAGCUUCAACAGUUAUGAUGGGAUCUCUUUUGGCUGGAACAAGUGAAGCGCCAGGUGAUUAUUUCUUUUCUGAUGGUGUCCGUUUGAAGAAAUAUCGUGGUAUGGGAUCGCUUGAAGCAAUGGAAAGAAAAGAUGCGAAAGGAGCUGCUAUGUCACGAUACUAUCAUAACGAAAUGGAUAAAUUGCGGGUUGCACAAGGUGUAUCUGGCAACAUCGUAGAUAAAGGAUCGGUAUUACGUUUUUUACCGUAUUUAGAAUGCGGUUUACAGCAUAGCUGUCAAGAUCUUGGAGCUCGUUCACUGAUACAUCUCAAGGAAAUGAUCUACAGCAAUAAAUUGAGAUUCAUGAAGAGAACGCAUUCAGCGCAACAAGAAGGUAACGUUCACGAAGAGAACCUCAGUGAUGGACUUGGCAUUAGUGAGCUCUUUGAAAAAGGAGAAGGAUUGACAUAUAAUGAUUUUAUUCUACUUCCUGGUUUUAUCGACUUUACAGCUGAAGAUGUGAAUUUAACAUCUCAACUAACCAGAAAUAUCACUUUGAAAGCACCUCUUGUCUCUUCUCCAAUGGACACAGUUACUGAAGCUGACAUGGCAAUUGCAAUGGCUCUCUGUGGUGGCAUUGGUAUCAUUCAUCAUAACUGCACACCAGAAUAUCAAGCUAAUGAAGUUCAUAAAGUAAAAAAAUACAAGCAUGGUUUUAUUCGCGAUCCAAUGGUGAUGUCGCCUCAAGAUACUGUGGCUGAUGUACUUGAAGCAAAGAAGAAGAAUGGUUUUACAGGCUAUCCCAUCACUGAAAAUGGCAAACUUGGUGGGAAAUUGGUUGGUAUUGUCACAAGUCGUGACAUUGAUUUCCGUGAAAAAGAUCAGCAUUUAAAAUUAGAGGAUGUAAUGACUAAAUUAGAAGACAUGGUUACUGCUCCCAAAGGUAUAAAACUCGAGGAAGCAAAUAAAAUUCUCGAAAAAAGUAAGAAAGGAAAGUUGCCAAUUGUGAAUAAUUCUGGUGAACUUGUUGCGCUCAUCGCUCGAACUGAUUUGAAGAAAGCAAGGAUUUAUCCUAAUCAAUCAAAGGAUAGUAAUAAACAAUUGCUCGUUGGAGCAGCAUUAGGAACAAGAGAUGAAGAUAAAAUCCGUCUUGACCUUCUUGUUCAAAAUGGAGUGGAUGUCGUUGUACUUGACUCAUCUCAAGGCAAUAGUAGCUUUCAAAUUGAAAUGAUAAAAUAUAUCAAAAGAACUUACAAAGAUCUCCAAGUGAUUGCUGGAAAUGUUGUAACUCGAGCUCAAGCCAAAAAUCUUAUAGAUGCUGGAUGUGAUGCUUUACGUGUUGGAAUGGGAAGUGGAUCGAUUUGCAUCACACAAGAGGUAAUGGCAUGCGGGUGUCCUCAAGCUACAGCUGUUUAUCAAGUUGCCAAGUAUGCUCGACAAUUUGGUGUACCGAUUAUUGCUGAUGGUGGCAUUCAGAAUAUCGGACACAUUAUAAAAGCUUUGAGUCUUGGAGCUUCAACAGUUAUGAUGGGAUCUCUUUUGGCUGGAACAAAUGAAGCGCCAGGUGAUUAUUUCUUUUCUGAUGGUGUCCGUUUGAAGAAAUAUCGUGGUAUGGGAUCGCUUGAAGCAAUGGAAAGAAAAGAUGCGAAAGGAGCUGCUAUGUCACGAUACUAUCAUAACGAAAUGGAUAAAUUGCGGGUUGCACAAGGUGUAUCUGGCAACAUCGUAGAUAAAGGAUCGGUAUUACGUUUUUUACCGUAUUUAGAAUGCGGUUUACAGCAUAGCUGUCAAGAUCUUGGAGCUCGUUCACUGAUACAUCUCAAGGAAAUGAUCUACAAAAACGAACUGAGAUUCAUGAAGAGAACGCAUUCAGCGCAACAAGAAGGUAACGUUCACAGUUUGUUUUCUUACGAGAAACGACUUUUCUAACAAUCACCAAAAGAAGGUGCAAUAUCUAGGGGAAAAGAGAAAAUUUAAAAUGAUGAUGUUUACAAUAGCAUGGAACUUGAUGGUUGCAUGAGAGAUGAACUUGAAAGCGUAUCGAAAAGAAAAAAAAAUCUUAAAAUAAUUCCCAAAAAAUUCGUAAACUUUAUGACUUCUUUUAAUAAUUUUUAUACAAAAUUUGAACUUAACUAAAUUAUAGUUAUUUAUCUAAAUUGUUGAUUCAACAAAAAAAAAUGUAUUCCACUUAGGUCACAAUUUGAAAUUGUGAAUGUUCCAUUAGCGAAUUAUUUCUAAUCUCACUGCUGAUUCGUUAGAAAAUUAAGAAAAACUUUUCGAUGGAUAAUUUUUUUUUAUAUUAUGAAAGAAUGUUUUGAGAAAUCUUGAGAUACUAAUAAAAAUAUAUAUUCUUGGUGUC